UUAGCCUUAGGGGUAGGAAUGUGGAGACGGAAAUGCUCUCGGAUUCGAGCCAGGGCUGCCGCGACGCUUCCAGGGGCUCACCUUGCCGGCGGCCUCCCGCCUCAGCGCGCCUUUGCCCUGCCUUCUCCUCGUCUACCGGCAGAGGUCAACCCUGCUUCUCCGGGACCGAGCUGGCUCCGAAGCGGAGCGGCGGGAGCUCUUGACAUCACAUCCAGACUCCUCCUGCGCACGACCCCUUCCAACUCUUCAACUCCCCCCUUUCUCUCCCCCAAACAAAACAUUUCCGCUGGCGAGAGUCGGCCGUAAACCUAGCCGGGCAGGGCCGGGGAGGAAUGGGAGAGAGCAAGAGCAGAAGUCGAGUCGACGCCGCCGGAGCAGCGCGCCGAGCCCGUCUCUCCGGGGCUUUUCCUUUUCCUUCCAAAAGCCCCGCCGGGACCGAAAAGGCGCCCUUUUGGCCAAGCGCGCCAGCCGAAACCUCCCGUCUUCCUUGAGCAGCCGGCGGCUGCAGAGGCGAGAGGCGAGGCAGGCGGGAGGGCUCGGGCGGGCCACGGAUCGAAGGCGCCGCCGAGACGAAAUGCCAGCCUUCGAGUUGCAAAGGUGAGGCGCUCGCCCAUCUUUCUCGGCUUCGCGCGGACCGGCGAGUUCCCCCCACGCGCCUCCCCGCGCGCGCGCGCUCGCCCCCAUGCAGACUCGCGCACGGGGGGUCGAGCAGGAGCCGCCGAAGAUGGCCAUGUCUGUGAUACAAGCGUGCCGCAGUCUGGCUCUUUCAACAUGGCUGCUUUCCUUUUGUUUCGUGCAUCUGCUCUGCCUGGAUUUCACCGUGGCCGAAAAAGAAGAAUGGUACACCGCCUUCGUGAACAUCACUUAUCCAGAUCCCGGCGGCGGCGGCGGCGGUGGCGGCAGCGAGCUGCGUAGCGAAAAAACGGAGUGUGGCCGCUACGGGGAACACUCGCCCAAAAACGAGGUCUGGGGACAGGUGGUGAUGACCUCGGCGACCGCUGACAGACAAGCUUGCGACCCCAAUGCGAGGUUCGCCGUGCCCGGGUCCGGCAAGCUCUGGGUCGCCCUUGUUCCUAAAGGGAAUUGUACUUACAAGGACAAGAUUCGGCACGCCGCCUCCCAAAAUGCCUCGGCCGUGGUCAUCUACAACGUUGGCGCCAGCAAUGCCAACGAGACGAUUACGAUGCCCCACGCAGGUAUUGAUGAUGUUGUGGCGAUAAUGAUCCCUGAGCCAAAGGGGAAAGAAAUAGUGAGCCUAUUGGAGCGGAAUAUUACUGUAAUGAUGCACAUAACAGUGGGAACCCGUAACCUGCAGAAGUAUGUUAGUCGUACUUCUGUGGUGUUUGUAUCCAUCUCCUUCAUUGUGCUGAUGAUCAUCUCCUUAGCAUGGCUGGUCUUCUACUACAUUCAGAGGUUCAGAUAUGCAAAUGCCAGAGACAGGAAUCAGCGUCGUCUUGGAGAUGCUGCAAAGAAAGCAAUCAGCAAACUCCAAGUCAGAACAAUAAGGAAAGGAGAUAAGGAAACAGAGUCUGAUUUUGACAACUGUGCAGUAUGUAUUGAGGGUUACAAACCAAAUGAUGUUGUCAGGAUCUUGCCUUGCCGGCAUCUCUUUCACAAAUCUUGUGUAGAUCCAUGGCUUCUAGAUCAUCGUACCUGUCCUAUGUGUAAAAUGAAUAUACUAAAAGCACUAGGGAUUCCGCCUAAUGCAGAUUGUGUGGAUGACAUCCCUCCGGAUUUUGAAGCUUCUAUAGGAGGACCACCAACCAAUCAGAUUACAGGAGCUAGUGAUAUCACUGUGAAUGAAAGCUCCAUAGCAGUAGAUACUCCCAUCCGAACAGUUGGAGUAUUACAAGUUAUUCAGGAUGCAGAUCCUCUUCUGCAGGCUGGGGAAAGUAACAAUACUACAAGCAGUGAGCAAGAACCAGCAGUUAGUAGUGAUUCAGAUAUUUCAUUGAUUAUGGCAAUGGAGGUUGGACUCUCUGAUGUGGAGCUUUCCACUGAUCCAGACUGCGAGGAGGUGAAAUCCUGAAAAAAAGGAAACUAUCAAAACAUCCUUCUACUAAACUAACAGGCAGUAGCAGGAAGAAGAAAUCAGUUGUGGUACACACAAUUAUCCAUAUACAUAUGUGCACAUAUGUAAGAUUUGGGUCAGUUGUGUAUACAUGAAUACCCAUAUACACACGUGCACAUAUGUAAUUGUAUGACCUGCAAAGACUUCCGGAACAUUAUGUGAACUCCACUUAAUUCUAUUCUGGGAUGGUCAUGAAAAGCAAUAGUAACAGACGUGUCUGCCUGGAUGCAGUUUCAUUAACAAUUAUAUUUGUUCAUUUCAUUGAAAAGAGAAGUUGAAAAUGUAUUGUUCUAAUCCAGGUGCCAGAAGAAUAUGCCCCUGCUUGGUGGUUUAGAACCAUAUAACCAUAUAACUGAUAUGAAGUCCCCCCCACACACACAUCUUUGGUUUUUUUUUAAACAAAAGGGAUACCAGAAAAUGAUUAUAGCUGAUAUUGAUGGACAUUAUUUUUCUUUCUUCUUAAUAACCCAAGCUUAUUCAAAUAUUCAGUUCAGAGAUCGGAACAUUAUGGUGUGUCACAAAAAUGUAUGUAUGCCAGGUAUUUUCUACAUGAAGAAAGCAUGGCUUCAGGAAGAAAUGGUGCUUCCAACUUUGACUUGAUUUGAAGACUCUUUUUAUUAAGAUAUUAUUGGCCCUUGGAGAUCUGUGCUUCCAGGGUCUUUCAGACAGGAGAACAGAGACUGGUUUGAUAGAGGUUGGCAAAUUGUUACUUAAUCCUGCUGGGUCCCACUCUGAGCUUUAAGACGUUGAUGUAUGACUUCUGAGUGAGAGAAGAUGCAUGAAGACAACAAUCAGAAUGAAAUUAAAGGUCAACCAAUAUAUGUGGCUCUUUGUACUACUAUAUACUCUUCAUGCCUUAAUGGCUUUCACAGUGAUUGAUUUGAAAUUAGCUUUACUUUAAAAAAAAAAAAGCUUUCCCAAGAACUUUCUGACCUAUGAAUGAGUGGAAUUUAUUGAUAAUAUUUGUGGUUAGAUGGAAAGAAAAUAAAAAUGUUGUAGGAGGGCAGCAGGGGUAUGGUAGUUUAGGGUAGUUACCAAUGGACUCAGAUUGUUUAUCACACAAGGUAUACCUUGAAAAUCAUUUUAUCCCCUCAAAAAAACAUUAUUAGUUACUCUUAUUUUACAAGUGAAAGUUUUCCCAGUUUCCAAACAACUUUUCAAUGAUUGUGGAAAAGAACACUCAGACACAGCCUGAUCUUUAUUUAUACAACUCCAUUUUAAUAUUGUUGGAUAAAUAACCAGUAAUCCAAUUCAGGGAGAUCCUUUCAUUCCUAGAAAAGAGUAAAAUUGUACUAAGAAUGAACUGCUUUCCUAAAUACCCCUAAAUCAAAUUGAUUGUACCACAUUUAAAUUCACCUUAAAAUUAUUCAGAAAGUCUCAGGCACUUUUAUUAUGAUAUGUGAAAAUAUGCUACAAACACCUUUUAUUGUUGUUUAUACUCCUGAUGUGGAGUAUGUAGGCUAAACCUAGAAAAGUUUAGAUGUAAAUGAAAAGGUGAUUAUUCAUAAUCUUAUUUCUGAAUCACAAUUUAAAACUGAAACAUUCAAACCAAAUUCACUAAAAGUUGUUUGUUUUUCUCUAAUUAAUAUAUGUUGAAAAUAAGUGCCAUUAGCUGCUGGAAUUUAAGCGAUCUUGUUUUAUGCUAUCACUUAAUGAAGAACAAUUCAUAUUUUAAUCAAAGUACUUAAGAAGGACUUUUCAUCUUAUUUUGUCACAAAAGGUUAAGCUAAUACUUCUGACAAUAAGAAUAGUAAUUUCAAUCAUAAUAGAUAAACAGAGGUAACAUAGUCACUUGUACUUAUAAACUGAAUAGACACAGACUGUUCUUUCUUCCUAUAGUAGAAUAGUAUUAUAAGAAUUCAUCCAUAGGUGAGCAAAAAGUAGAUAUAGAUUUACUUAAUGGAUCCCAAGUAACUGGCUAUUGAUCAGUAACUACUCCUGAUACCUGUAUAGUGAACAGUAGCUGCAAAAGGCCCUUCCCACCUUAAAUUGCCAUUUGAUCAAAGUAUUGUUUCUUCAUCAAAAGACUAUGCAUUGCAACCUGAUUCAAUAGUUGAACUUUUAGCCCCAUAUGUUUCUAAAUCCCAAAGUCUGACUUCUGUAUCAGCCUCCAGCUGGUGAAUCCAAAGACAGAAAUAAUGGCAGUAUUAAAUCCUUGAAAACAGAGAUUUGCUAACCUCUGAAAUUAUCCCAUGUGUUCUCUUGUUACUUUUCUUAUAUUCUGAUUUUCCUCUCUCUGCAUUUAGUUUUCCUAAUAUGCUAUUCUGUUAGGAAACUGAACAAUGAAAUAAUGGCCAAGCUUUGUAUCCCGCAUGAUUUAUCAUGUUCCACAAAAAUUGGAAACCUUUUAGUGCAAAUGUCAUCAUUUAUGCCAUUUCUUCCUAUCCCAGAACACCUUUGGAUUCCAGCAUACUUUGCGAAAUGCCACCUGGGACAGUGCUAAGAACUGGCAUUAAAUCCAAAUGUGGAAAAUGUUGAAGAUACCGUCUGCUUCCAUCUUUCUUUGUUUGGGAUGGGAAUGAAAACAUCGUAUGAAACCUAGUUUUAAUCUUGUGAAUAGUGCAAGUAAAAAAUGAGUGUACCUGGGAAAGACAGUUAUCUACAUUGUAUCAAGGCUUGCUGUGGCAUCUGAUUUAUUAUAAGCACUGAAACUGCAAUUUUGAAAGCAAAUUGGUCUCUUUAAUAUCAUUGCCUUCAACAAAACAGCACUGAGAAAGAUCAGUCUGCCCCAUAAUGAGAAAUCUUCCCCCAAACUGAUUCAGUUCCAUUUGACUCUGAAACAACAUAGAAUCUAGAAAUAUUAGUAUUCUGUUUAUUGCUAUUUGAUGCAAAUUGAAUAAAAUUAAAUCCUCCUCUACUAAUACAAAAGGAAUCUUGGUGGGCAUAACUUGUGCUGCCACAUAUUGUUAACUGUGCCUGUGAAAAUGUACCUGUCAGAUGAUAAAGAUGUAGUUGUUUUAAUAUUGAAAGAGGCUACUCACUGUUCCAGUAUAUUCUUGUUUAAAAAUAUAAAGCAUCCCUGUCUUCAGUUCAAUUCAUUUCGAAGACAUGUGAGAUACUAUAUUAAUUAGUCAGGGACUUUACUACAUGGCUAUGUCCAGCUUUAUGUUAUCUAGUGUUGCAGUAAGAUGCAGUAAGUAUGCCUAUUUUGCUGUACUUGAUUGUUGACAUGUUAAACCAUGUUGUCUAUCUGCAUCCAGCCCAACUGCAAAGUUGGGUUAUGAUAAUCAAAAAUAAUAUUAGCUUGUAAACUGUCCCUAGGCCUGCCUGUGUUUCUCCUAUCUCACUCCAACCAUUUCCAUGUUAUCUGAGGGUUAACAACAUUAAUGACUUAUCAUUUUAAGCAGUAAAAGUCAUUAAGGCACAUAUACUGGUGGUAGAUAGAUGGUCAAUGAACAGCAUGUGUGACUUUGCACUAAGUCUGAUGUUUUUCUUUUCCAAUGUAACAAAUAGGGGGAAGUAUGUAAUACUCUAAAGAAGCCAAUUUGGUGCAGGGGUUUAAGGCAUCAGUUUAGAAACCAAGAGACCAUGAGUUCUAGUUCCACCUUACUGAGUGAUCUUGGGCUAGUCAGUUUCUCUCAGUCCUGAGAAGGAGGUAAUGGCAAAACACCUCUGAAAAACCUUGCUACAAAAACUGCAGGAACUUAUCCAGGCAGUGUCCAAGAACUGGGCAUGAAUGAAUGGAAGAAAUGAAUGGAAAAUACUGAUAUUGUGCACUACUUUAGAAAGAUGUUUUCUCCCUGUGUCAUUAAUUUAGACUAGCAGUAUUCAACCAAGAACAUUCCUUAUCAUCUGUAACUUCUUUCUUUGAACUAAAGAAAUCAGUAAUUAAAUGUUGCUGGGUUUUGUUUUUUGGCUGUCUGAGAAUGUGCUUAGUGCCAAUGAACUAAAGCUAUUGAGUGUUUUGGAUUUAUUAUUAAUCUUCCAAUUUACUGAAGAAGUCUUACCUAGUAACUGAUUAAAAGCAAUAGAAUAACCCAGAAAAUCAGUUAAACAUUAUUUUCUAAAUACAAUAGUUUUCAGGCAUAGAUAUAGAAAUAUAUAUAAAAGAUCUGAAAAAUAGCGAAGAUAGACCUGAGUAAUGGUCCUCAAACUGAUAUAGUUUUCUGCAUAAAGUCAGUUUAGAGGUCUGGCAAGAUAACCUGCCCCAGCCAAUUGAAUAAGAUAAAUCUGGUAGAGGGUGAAAGGGAUAUUAGAAGCUAAUGGCUGUUUGCUCUGAAAUGCUUAAUGUCUACAGGUUGCUUAAACCCCACUAACUAUUGAACAGAAUGUAACUGGAUGAGGUGUCUAAGGUUUUUGGACUGGCUUUCUACUUCUACCACCAAGAGCUUUGAGAAGAGAAAUAAUUAUUCUAUUGUAGUGAAAUGAUCUAAAUGUGGACUGUAUGUUGAUGGUCAACCAUGUGAUAACAGUAGUAACAUGUUGGAAGGCAAAACUACAGAUAUUCUGAAUGACCAUGCUAUCCUCAGAUGGCACUAUAUCAUUAAAGUAAGACCUGUCCAUCAGGAGCUCUCCAUCAUUCAGCUAUUGCGCAUGAAAUGCAGGAGGGGAAACGUAUCUGUAAUGUAGAGAGCAAAGUCUUUUGCUAGCUGUGUUGCUAUAUAUAGCUGGUUUUAUGAGAACGUAUACGAUAUUACAUUGGAUUAUCUAUUUAAUCAAAUUUAAUAAUACAGAACAAUCUCUGCCGAUGCACAAUUCUAAUAACUUCAUCAGUGUUAUUAAGAACAGACUUAUUUGAGCUUGUAAGAUCUUCCAGUAGUAUUUAUAAAAUCUUUCUCUGUUCUUGCUUACCACAUAGGGAGAGUAGUUCUAAUUUACAUUUGCACAAUACACAGUUGGUGAAAAACUGAGAUAUUAUUUUUCUGUAGUUCUUUCAAAAAUCACGGCCCACUAAGUAUUUCUAGCAUGCCAUUAAUAUAAACUGCAUCAUGAUCCUUGGAUGCAGUGUUGCUGCCACCUCAAGUGUAUUUUUACCAAGAAGUCUAUGAAGCAGGUACAAAAUAAUGCCUUUUCCAGCAUCUGCUUGAACAUAUUAUCGGUUACAGAGAGCUGGAAGAGAAUCAUGCUUCUGAAUGUGCUUCCAUUGGCAACCAGACAAAUCGAUAAUAAAGGAAAACACAGUUAAGAGGAUAGCAUAUGUACAGACAUGGAGAAACAACUGAUAUUGCUGGAAAUUAUAUAAAGACUCUGUCUAUUUUACUGACAGAUGUAGUUCUGAAUCUUCUGAAACAUUCCCCAAGUAUUCAUAUACAGGAUUUCAGUUGAGAAAGCUUUAAUACAACAUUUUGUUUUUUUAAAAGAAGUAUUUGUUAUAAGCAGGCCCUAGGAUAAUAGCAAACAGAAAAAAAAUUGAGCUGUAACAAACUUUGUUUUCAACUGAAGCAAUUGAUAUAAUAGUAAUGAUGAUGGUGAUGAUGAUGAUAUUUGCUAACAGCUACAUAGCAGAGGAAUGCCUCUGCUGUAAAAAUUCCAGUUUUUAGAACUUCUCUCUUAAUAUAUCUGUUGCUUUAGUAGUUGGAAAUUAAUCUCACCAUAAAAAUGCUGAAUCAUCCACAAGUGGGAUUGAGGGGAAAGUGAUGUCCAUUAUUAUUUUUAAAAAAGAUGAAAAGGAAAUUGUAUUGAAAAUACUAAAAAGCCUCUUGAAAAAUCCAAUAUUUAUAACGUACCAUUCUCAGCAAAUAUUUUUUGAAAUGUCUCUUACAAGAAUGUAUGUGUGGAAGACUAAAAAAAAAAAGAAACUGAACAUUUUUUCUUCCUGUUUGCUUCUUUUGUAUCAUGUUUGUUUGUUUUGAAGGCAUCAAAUGUUACCCAUUUCUUUUGCUGCAGUGGUUUACUGAUGUGAAAUAUCAAAAUGUUUUUUACAUGUACAUAGUAUCAUUUCUUCUUCCCUUUUUCAUGGCUAAGCCAUCUGAUGAAGGUAUUUACCAUUUUAUAAAUAGAAUAAAAUGUAAAGCAGGAAUUGAUUUGGUGGGUGGGGAGGGCUGUUAUUUUUAUAGCAAGAUGUUCCUUGUACUUAUUAGCAUUUUAAAAUAAUUUUGUACUUGUCAAACUGUACAUUCCAUCCAUUUCUCAAAAAUAUUUUUUAUUUAAAGUACUUUAUAAACACAAAAACAUUUGAUAAAGAAUUUCAUCAAUAAAGACAAAAAUAUUUGGAUUACAGUAUUAGCUCCAAAGUUUUCUCCUGCUGUAUCAUAUAGACUGCACACUAUACCAGCAAAUGCCAAUUUAAAAACAAUACUAGAAAAAUUCCUUUUAAAUAAUGGCAACUAAAUUAUUUUUAAUUACAUUUUUUUUGCAAUUUCUGUUUUUUAACAAAAAAUUGCUUCUAUUUGCUGGAUUUGGAAUAUUUCCCAAUUUAUAUCUGAAUGAGGAGCGUGCUUUGACAGCACUUUUGCUGAGUUUUAUUCAGGUGUACUGUUUGCUCUUCAGAAUUAUGCUCAGGAAAACCUUUGUUUUUCUGUUUAAAGCUGGAUUCAGCUCUGUCUAUGCUGAUUGCCUAGUAUUCUGUAAAGCCAUAAGGCCAUUUCCUCUUUCACUCAUCUAAAAGUUGUUGUAGCAUUAAUUCAUUGUUUAAAAAUUUAUAACUGUGCUUUAAAACCAGUUUAAAAAUAGAGAGUGGAGAUUACAUACACACAUGAAUAUGACACUGUAAACAAGAACUCUUCAGAAUUUUGGCUUAUUAGCAAACAAGCAACCUGGUUCCUACAAAUGGAGGAAGAAAACAACUGCAAAUUAAAAAGAAGCCAUGGUUUGGCUUUGAGCUUUCUCUCUGCCUUGUUUCAGAGGACAAAACUGAAUCUCCCAUUUGAAUUACAUUAAACCUGCUAUUUGUUAACAAUAUCUGCCUAGACUAGAGGAAGAGCUAUCAAGAUGACCAGGGUCAGUGCUUGUGCUGACCAGUGUCUUGAUCAGUAGCAAGCCAAUAUUCUGAAGAAGUCAGGGAUGGCUAAAAUCAGUGCUUUUUUUCUGGGAAAAAAAAAAAAGGUGCCGGAACUCACACACGUCAUACAACCCGCCUUGCCUACCCUACAAGGUUCCAUCCCCAAAAGGUGCCGAAACUCCGUUCUGGGCAUUCUAUGAGAAAAAAAGCCCUGGCUAAAAUAAUCAGAAGAAAGAAUACUGUAAUCUGUCCUUGCCAUUCCAAAUACUUGAGACAGGCUGGCCUUUCAGUCAUGCUAAUAUGUGAAGUGCUAUAUAAACUGAUUGUAUUAAACAGAAAAACCUAAGGCGAUGAAAUUGUUAGAACAGAUUGCGUGCUUGAGGGGGUGUUGUUUUCAUGUGCUUUGUUUUUGUUGAGUAAGUCUCCUCUAAAAGCCUACUAUCUUUUAAGAUUUAGCUAUUCUAGGUCCCCCCCCCCGUUUGACAGAGGAAAACAAUCCAGCACAACUUACAGCCUAGUCUUCAUUCUUUAACUUGAUUAGCAAAAUAGAGAGGAAGAUGGAAAUCAUCACAAUCGCCCAUUAAUAUUUGCAUAGGCAAAGGUUUGUGAAGCAUUUGUUUUCCAACAAUAUUUAGUGAAGUGUUGCAAAUAUAUUUCAGUCACUAGCAUAUCUCCUGUUACUUUAUUUCUGUAGCUUUUUUAUGUCUCUCACCUUCCUUUCCAAUGCACUUUAUAUCACUUGGAAAAUGUGGGAGUCAGACACUAUCACUAAAGGGAUUUGCCUAAAAUCAAGAGGAAGGCACUUUGGUUUUUCUUUAUUGUUGUCCUUUCUGUACUUUUCAGUUGAGACAGUAACUUCGUGAGGGUCAGGAGAAAUAUUGGAAAAACAUUAUUCGGUAGUAAAACAUGGCUAUUUUUGUUAUAUAGAGAAUUAUAAUGUAAAUAUGUGAUUCUGUGUUAUUCUGUAUUAGUAAAAUAUUGCAACUGUAAAAGCUGAAGGACUGAGUUCUAAGCAAUUUUAUUGCAAGGAUUUUUUAAUAAAAAUAUCUGAGAAGUGUCAUACAUUUUUCUUAACAAAUGUAUUGGUUGAACUUAAUUUCUCACAACAGCAAAACUUGAAAUCAUCUCACAUACUACUCCUGGGUGCUACAAAUUAUAAUCUACAAAAAUCCAUGGAAUUUGAUGGAACCAUUCAAUUGAAUUUUCACAUUUUCUUGUGUUAAUAUAUUUUCUAUGUGGAGAAAAAGGAAUUAAAAAUUGUUUCUCAUAACAGCUGCAGUAAAAGAAACUUAAUUCAGCAGCCACUUCAUAGAAUUUUGUAUUUUAUACAAAGAAAAUUGUAUCUUAUAAUCAACGAGGUUGCAGUAUUAAUUACAAAUAAAAAACAGGUAAAAAAAAACAGUUUCCUGCCCAAAUGCCAAUGAUUCCAGGUACCUCUUCAGUGUUUUAAGUCUGGAUCUCGUCCAUGUUUAAGAAUUUUGUAUUAUUCAGAAAUUAAAUACAAAUAGUCACAAAGAAAAAAUAUACAUGGAAAAAGGAAAAUUCAAUAAAAUAUUUAAAAACUACUUGGUUAUAAAUUUUAUUAUUUCCUUCCACUGUGCCCAACUGAUAAUUACAGUCAAUAUAUUUAUAAGUAUUAGAAAUUGUUUUCAAUUUCUAUAAGUACUUUUAUUUAUUCCUUCCACCACUUAGGAGUUGUAAGUAUAUGCUUGCCUUGUGGUGUAAUGUGUGAUAUAUAAGUCAGCCAUUCUUGCUUAAAUUGAGUUAAGCUUCUGUUAUGAAUUAUACUGUUAAUUUUGUAAUUGUUGCAUAUUCUCCAAGUUUAGUUUUCCAGUCUGAUAUCGCAAAUGGAUUGCAUCCAUUGAUAAUAUUCUGGAACUAUAAAAAAAUUAAAAAGGUAUAACGUAAAUAAGUGAUAGAACAAUUUAAAUGAAUGGUAUACCUACAAUUGGAAAGUAAAAUGGCUGCAGUCUUGAAAAAUGGAAGUGAAUGUAUCAAAACACACACAUAUGUAUUCUUGUAUAAUUUCCACAAUCUGAAUUUACCAUUCUUUUAAAUUUAAGAUUAAAAGCAGUAACAUGUUUUCUUCAUUUAAAUAAAGAUUUUUUUUCUCAGUGA